AUGGGGCUUCGGGCAGGCCCCAUCCUGCUGCUGCUGCUGUGGCUGCUGCCAGGGGCCCAUGGGGAUGUGCUGCCUUCAGAAUGCGGCCACUCCAAGGAGGCUGGGAGGAUUGUGGGAGGCCAAGACACCCAGGAAGAACGCUGGCCGUGGCAGGUUGGCCUGUGGUUGGCCUCAGUGGGGCACAUAUGUGGGGGCUCCCUCAUCCACCCACGCUGGGUGCUCACGGCCGCCCACUGCUUCCUGAGGUCUGAGGAUCCCAGGCUCUACCGUGUUAAAGUCGGAGGGCUGACACCCUCCCUUUCAGAGCCCCACUCGACCUUGGUGACUGUGAAGAGGCUCCUGGUCCACUCCUCAUAUCGUGGGGCCACCACCAGCGGGGACAUUGCCCUGAUGGAGCUGGAAUUCCCCUUGCAGGCCUCCCAGUUCAGCCCCGUCUGCCUCCCAGGACCCCAGACCCCCCUCGCCAUUGGGUCCCUGUGCUGGGUAACAGGCUGGGGGUCCACCCAGGAGAGAGCCCUGGCGAGUGUCCUUCAGGAGGUGGCUGUGCCCCUCCUGGACUCGAACGCGUGUGAGCUGAUGUACCACCUAGGAGAGCCCAGCCUGGCCGGCCAGCGCCUCAUCCAGGACGACAUGAUCUGCGCUGGCUCUGUCCAGGGCAAGAAAGACUCCUGCCAGGGUGACUCCGGGGGGCCGCUGGUCUGCCCCAUCAAUGAUACGUGGGUCCAGGCUGGCAUUGUGAGCUGGGGAUUCGGCUGUGCCCGGCCUUUCCGGCCUGGUGUCUACACCCAGGUGCUAAGCUACACAGACUGGAUUCAGAGAACCCUGGCUGAACCUCGCUCAGGCAUGUCCGGGGCCCGCCCAGGUGCCCCUGGGUUCCUCUCAGGCAUCUCUGGGUCCCAUCCAGGCACCUCCAGGUCCCACCCAGUGCUACUGCUUGAGCUGUUGACCGUACGCUUGCUUGGGUCCCUGUGAACCCUGAGUCAUGGAGUCCAGGGUCCCCCUUCUGGUAGGAUUGAUGGAAUCUAAUAAUAAAAACUGUAGGUUUUU